AUGGCUACUACUUCGUUCCGAGAUUCUGUCAACUCAUUGGGCUGGUCUCGAAGAGAUGCGGAUCCACCAGCUCGUACUAGCACAUCCUCCACUCCCUUUCUAUCGAAAUUACAGUCACUAAAUCCGUUCGGCCAAGGAGAGGGCUAUUUGCGACUGCCCACUCACGAAGCUCCAGGAGCUCCUCUUCCAGCUCCAACUCGACGGGAGGAGGAAGAAGGUUUCCUUGCCCUAAGCCGAUGGGAUCGGAUGCUCAUAUUCAUCGCCUGCAACCUGGGUGCCGCAGUGUGCUUCAUGAUUUGCUUUUUCCUUUUUCCAGUGCUAUCGUUGAAACCCCGCAAGUUUGCCAUUUUAUGGUCUGUCGGUUCUCUGCUCUUUCUACUAUCAUGGGCUGUCCUCAUGGGACCCCUGGUCUACGCUAAGCAUUUGGUCUCGGGAUCACGGCUACCAUUCACUGCCGCCUAUUUUGGCUCGAUUGCCAUGACUCUCUACUUCGCUAUCGGACUCCACUCCACCCUCCUAACCCUCAUUUCGUCCAUUUUCCAGCUUGCAGCCCUGGCUUGGUAUCUGGUCAGUUAUUUCCCCAUGGGUAGCACCGGACUGCAAUUCAUGGGACGAUUCGGGGCACAGCGCGUCGGAGCCUGGAUGACCAGCUGA